AGGUGCUCGGAGGCGGCGACAGGGUGCUCAUCUACCUGACCCUCUGGAUCCAGAAGUGCCUUGCCACUGCUGACAGGGCCAGCGGCGCGGAGGACGCCAGCAGGCAGCUGGAGGCGAUGGCCGCGGCCGACCUGCCAGGGCCCGGGGACCCCGGCUUCGUCAUCGCCUCGCUGAUACCCGCGGGCGCCCCGCACGACAACCAGGUCGCGAAGGCGUACCUGAAGCAGCUGAGGCAGGAGACGCUCCACAGGCUGCUGCCCCUCCUGUACGGCGCGGACGGGCAGGCCAACAAGUGGUGGUUCCAGUACGCGAAGAAGCGGUGCGGCAG